UUGCUAUACCACAACUCUCGGGCAGACAAUCCUGCUGCUCGCGUCUUUGACCUUGCGUUCAAGUCCGACGCAAUUCUUUGCCUUUUCCCUGCCAAUCCGCUUUCGACUUUCUCUCCUUCAGCCUCCGCAAUACAAUUUUGCUCGCUUAAACGUUCUUCUCCUUUGCUUUCUUCACUUUACCAAUCGAACUUGGUUUAUCAAUCACCGCUCGAGUCCUUCGAGGCUUGGGUAGUUUUUCUAUUGGACUUGUAUCAUUUUCGCUCAAUUUUGGAAUUCUGGCCAACCAUCGCUGAGCUUUAUGCUCCUGGCUUGCCACGACAUCAAUCUUCCCACCUGAAUUGACUGCCACCCAUUUUGACUACCAUGCGAACAAGGACCUACAGCAAACCCGAUCCACCCCAAAUCAGCCCCUCUCUUGCUCGCGCCACCCGCUCAACUUUUAAUUCAUCUCCGAACAAGAUGAAUUCCACCAUGCCUAUCAACCCUCCCAAUUAUGCUGAAUCUGAUCCAGUCUCUCUUAGCUGGAUUGAUGACAGGAUCAUUUGCAUCUCUGGCAUUGAUCGCGAAACUCUCGAGACUUAUCAAGCCGAGGACCUAGCAAGGACUUUCAGCAAACCACAAAGUCCGAAUGAUCGCCGUGCUGCACGUAGAGCCAGACGUCAAAGUGCUCAUGAAGACGUUUUCUUCACUGCUUUAUCCUCGGGUCAAAAUCGACAGUCCAAGAAGCAAGUCGAGUCAAAUCAUGAUACAGGUGAUCAUGUAAACGAGUCACAGGAGAAGGCUUCAUUCGACCGCCCCCAAACACUUUCCUUCAUUGGCAAUGGCGACCAUACUGCAUCAGAUGUUGACGAACUGGACAAAGACGACGAUGCUGACGAUGAUGAUCAUGUCUCGAACAACUUUCAGCCUCUACCUCGAGGCAUCACAUUACCGCCGAAACGCGGAGGCCCCGUCAAGCGAAGAAGACGAGGUGGUGCUCAAUCAGCAUCGCGACAGCCGUCUCGCGAGCCAACACCAGAGAUGCCUCUUUUGGGACCUGAAGAGGAUUCCAUUAGUGAUGAUGAUCUACCAUCUCCUUUCACCGAUGACAUAUUCGAAGAUCCCAAUUUACCAGACGAUGAAGCUCAGACUCUCUACAACAAACUCUUCGAACCCAUGACACAGCCUGAAGUCUUCAUUGGACCUCUGACAAAGUUCUUGCCUGGUCAGAGAACGACCGACAACUUAUAUGUACUGGCCGCCAAUACGGCAAAAGCAUUACGUGCAUGGCAAGAUGAGUACCUCGAACUCGAGAAGAUCACUGCUCCUCAUGCUGCUAUUCCUCGAAAAGCUGCAACUGGCCAACGCAAUCCAAUCGAUCCUAUGAUCUACGAAGAUCAGAAGGAAGCUGAAUUGUAUGACUACGUAUUUGAUGCCAAGAAGGUCGGUAUGCAGGAUCCCAUCGCCCAGAAAGUAGUUAGAGACGCUUCUGGCAGAGAGCUGCGUACUCGUCAACCUCGUGGUCAAGCCAACAAGGAAGCUUCUGCAGCUGCGGCGGCUGUCAUACCGGAAGAGAUUGUCACUGGUAGAAGGGCCAGAAAACCAGUUGCCAAGUAUGAUGGUGUUGUCUCUACUGAGCAAGCUAUGGGUAGAAAGAGAGGUGCAAAUGCUAUGAGCGAGACCCCCGAGGCUGAUGAACCCUCCGCAAAACGAGGCAAAACUGCAGCUCGUGGUAGAGGGGGGCGUGGCGGUCGCGCAGCUAGAGGCGGUAGAGGUGGACGUGGCGGUGGUGGAAGGGGCGGGCUUGUCGCGAACCGACGUCUGCAAGAGCUACGUGAGGAGAGUGCUGCAAUCUCUGUCACAGGCUCUGAAGAUGAACUUUCGGGCUCAGAUACAGGCAGCGUACCGCCAGAUACUCGAGAGAAUAGUCCCUUACUCGAGCAUCUGCCUGCUACAGGGACAACGACACCAGGACUGGGAGAAGAGUCGCAGAUUGAUCCACAGAGCGAGGAUGGACCAUCACUCACAUCGAGUGCAAAGAAAAAGGGACGGCCAAAAGGCAGCAAGAACCAUCAUAAGAGAUCCGAUGCUGGCAUUCCCAAAGGUCCUCGCGUACCAAAAGCUCAGAGCAAUGGUACACCGGGCUUUGGAAGCGUCAACUCUGACAUACCACCAAGUGCUGAGGCAAGCCUUACACCAAACUCAGCCGAUAUGACGCCAGUUGCGCCAGGGCCUCCAGGAUCGUUGCCAGUUGAUCCCAAGCGCAAGGUUCCUCGCAGCGAAAAACGAUCAAAGAGCAUGGUAGAAUGGUGGGCUCGCCGUAAAGCAAAAGAAGCAGAAGAUAAAGCCCGCGAAGCCGAAGCACAAAUCGCCGAACGCAAUCGUGCUGCCGAAGCUCAUGCUAAGUACAUGUCACAACACGGUGGUCUCUUUGCUGCUCAACAACAAGCUCAACAGCAGCAACAUCAGCAUCAGCACCAGCAACAUCAGCAGCAACAAGCUCAAUAUCAACAACAUCAACAUCAGCAACAGCAACAGCAACAGUUUGGUGGAUAUACAGGACCUUACCCACCCACUGGUGUGCUGCCUCCCCCUGGCCCACCUCAACAAAUGCAACAACAUGUGCCUCAACACUGGGGUCCUGGAUUCGCUUUACCUGGACUCCAAGGUCCUAAUGGGAUGGUAUGGCAUACACCAGUGCAUCACCAAAACCAAAGUCUUCCGCCCAUGCAACAGCAACAACAAGCUAUGCCACCUCAGCAACAACAACAAGGACCACCUCAAGGACCCGGUAGCAACCAAGGACCUGAUGGACAUAGAAGGGAUCAGCAUGGCUUUGUAAGGAGCUUUUGACGGUGAUGAGAGGUGUCCGACAAAACAUCUCUCAUAUUGAUUUUGAAGAGUAGUAUAACAGCUCAUUCAGAAGUAGCGUAAUCUGUAUCAGCUACUCUAGUAAUACAGACAUUUUUCCUUCGUGUAAGCCCC